AUGAGAUCUCGAGCUGUGCGCGCCUCUUCCGGCCUGCUGCUAACCCGUCAAGCUACACCAACCUCGAUAUGCUCCCAAUGCUUACGCGAUGAGCUCCUCCUCACCAUUGCCCCCGUCAUUCACUCCAGAAAAUACCACCCCUCCCGCCGACGAGAUGUAUCCCCCAUCGGCGCCGCCGUGUCCGCCGCCCAGAACCUGUUCACCAAGGGCUUCCCCAAACCUCCGCCAGGCGUCUCGGUCGACCCAUUACGUAUCGUCGGGAAGGAAUUGAAGUUUCUGACCAAGAACAUUAGAAAGCUGCUGGGGUCUGGUCAUCCAAUGCUGGACAAAGUCGCGAAAUAUUACACAUGGAGUGAAGGGAAACAUGUGCGCCCACUACUCGUCCUGCUCAUGUCGCAAGCUACUGCUCUUGCUCCUCGAAAUCCGCACACACAUUCUUCUUCGAUCUCGUCACAGCAACAGUCCUAUAUCAGCGAGCCAAUCAGCUCGCCUCUUGUCCUAUCAGACGCAAAUCCCGAUACGAGUCCUUUGACAGCUCCCGCUGCGGAGUUAGAAGGCAUCUUUGGCGAAGAUCCGAAUAUCUUGCCUUCUCAGCGCCGACUAGCUGAGAUUACGGAAUUAAUUCAUACGGCUUCUUUGCUCCAUGAUGAUGUGAUUGAUAAUGCAGUCACUCGGCGGUCAUCAAGCUCGGCGAAUACGCAGUUUGGGAACAAGAUGGCUGUUCUGGCUGGUGAUUUUUUGCUCGGUCGUGCUUCUGUUGCUUUGGCGCGUUUGCGCAAUCCAGAGGUUAUUGAGCUCUUGGCGACGGUGAUUGCAAAUCUGGUAGAGGGCGAAUUUAUGCAAUUGAAGAAUACCGCCUCGGAUGAACGAUCCCCCGUUUUCACUGAUGAUACUAUUACAUACUACCUGCAAAAGACCUACCUCAAAACCGCCAGUCUGAUCAGCAAGUCUUGCCGCGCUACAGCACUGCUCGGAAACAGCACCCCGGACAUUGUCGAAGCCGCGUACUCGUAUGGUCGCAAUCUGGGUCUUGCUUUCCAGUUGGUGGACGAUAUGCUCGAUUAUACCGUUAAUUCGGUUGAAUUCGGAAAGCCUGCCGGUGCCGAUCUCGAGCUCGGUCUCGCUACUGCUCCGUUGCUUUUUGCAUGGAAGAGUAAUCCCGAGCUGGGAGCUUUGGUUGGACGGAAGUUUGAGCAACCGGGUGAUGUAGAGAGGGCCCGCGAACUUGUUGCGCGAAGCGACGGUAUCGAGCAGACCCGUGCCCUUGCCCAGGAAUACGCCGACAAAGCCGCCGCUGCACUUGACAUUCUUCCGGACAGCGACGCUAAGAAUGGAUUACUCGACAUGUGCGAAAAGACGAUGAAGAGACGCAAGUAG